AUGACUGUUGCUAAGACUUCACAUCCCAGGACCUUGUAUGACAAGGUUUUUGAUGACCACAUUGUUAAAAUUGAUGACUCUGGUUCCUAUCUUCUAUAUAUCGAUAGGCAUUUGGUUCAUGAGGUGACUUCUCCUCAAGCCUUUGAAGGUUUAAGAAAUGCCGGUCGUUCAGUUAGAAGACCUGACUGCACGUUGGUGACAGUGGAUCACAACAUCCCAACUGACUCUAGAAAGAGUUUCAAAAGCAUCGCUACUUUCAUCGACCAGCCUGAUUCCAGAUUGCAGGUGGAGACUUUAGAGGAAAACGUUAAGCGUUUCCGCUUGCCUUAUUUUGGCAUGGCAGAUAGUAGACAAGGUAUUGUUCAUGUUGUUGGUCCUGAGCAGGGGUUUACUCUCCCGGGAACAACGGUGGUUUGUGGUGACUCUCACACUUCUACUCAUGGUGCCUUCGGUGCUUUGGCCUUUGGUAUUGGUACCUCUGAGGUUGAACACGUGCUGGCUACCCAAACUCUUAUUCAAACCAAAUCCAAGAAUAUGAGAAUCCUUAUCGAUGGAGAUCUUGCACCAGGUGUCACCUCCAAGGACUUGGUCUUGCAUGUCAUCGGUGUCAUUGGUACUGCUGGUGGUACUGGUUGUGUCAUAGAAUUUGCCGGUAAAGCAAUUCGAGACCUUUCGAUUGAAGCCAGAAUGUCGAUUUGUAAUAUGUCUAUUGAAGCUGGAGCCAGAGCUGGUAUGAUCCAACCGGAUGAAAAAACGUUCGAAUAUAUCAAGGGCAGACCUUUGGCCCCUAAAGGCGCCGAGUGGGGCAAGGCCGUUUCUUAUUGGAAGACAUUAUACUCUGAUGAUAGUGCACAUUUCGACCGUCAAGUUGUUAUCAAAGCUGAGGAUAUUAUUCCCACUAUAACUUGGGGUAACUCUCCGCAGGAUGCAUUGCCAAUUACUGGUAAGGUCCCCGAUCCAGAGGACUUUGCUGAUCCUAUAGUGAGAGACGGUGUCAUAGCCGCAUUGGAUUAUAUGGGCCUAAAGCCAAACACCCCAUUGAAGGAUAUAUAUGUGGACAAAGUCUUCAUUGGUUCUUGUACCAACUCCCGUAUCGAAGAUCUUCGGGCUGCUGCUAGAGUGGUUCGUGGUUACCGUGUUGCGAAAAACAUUAAGCGUGCCUUAGUGGUGCCUGGCUCUGGUCUAGUCAAAAAGCAGGCCGAAGCGGAGGGACUUGAUAAAAUAUUCACUGCCGCUGGUUUCGAAUGGAGGGAGGCCGGCUGUUCGAUGUGCCUUGGUAUGAACCCUGAUAUUUUGAGUCCAUACGAAAGAUGUGCUUCUACGUCGAACAGAAACUUUCGCGGUAGACAGGGUGCCUUGUCUAGAACCCACUUAAUGUCUCCUGUCAUGGCUGCUGCUACCGCUAUAAUUGGUCACUUCACUGAUAUUAGAGACUUCAAGUACAAAGAAGGUGUUGAUCAGCCGAAGAUUAAUAUUGAUGAUGUUAAGGAAUCGAAACUGCUUGAGCAGGCAGUUCAUGAUGAGGAAAAGAAACCUAUCGCUGCUCUCACAGAGUCUACAUCUGAUGCCGAGAUCGAGGAGGAGAUUGAAAAGGAGCAGGCUGCGGAUACUGGUGCUAGUAUGGAAAAGUUUACUGUUUUAACUUCUGUUGCUGCUCCUAUGACCAAGGCUAACAUUGAUACCGAUGCGAUCAUUCCAAAGCAGUUCUUGAAGACAAUUAAGCGUACAGGAUUGGGUGAGGGUCUUUUCUACGAAGCCAGAUUCAAGAAGGAUGAGAGCGGUAAAGUUGUUCCUACGGACUUUAUCUUGAAUGUGGAGCCAUAUUCACAUGCCAAGAUCUUGAUCGUCACGGGUAACAACUUCGGUUGUGGUUCAUCCAGAGAGCAUGCUCCAUGGGCCUUGAAAGACUUUGGUAUUAGAUCCAUUAUAGCGCCAUCUUUCGGUGACAUUUUUUAUAACAACUCGUUUAAGAAUGGCUUGCUUCCUAUUCGUGUCCCUCAGGCGGUGAUCAAAGAGAAGUUGUACCCAUUGGCCGUCGCUAAGAAGGAAAUCACUAUCAAUCUUGACAAGCAACAAAUAUGUGGAUCAGAUGGCGAAGUGAUAGUCGAUCACUUUGAUAUCGAAGGUUUCAGAAAGCACUGCUUACUAAAUGGACUCGACGACAUUGGUAUCACCCUUCAAAAGGUGAAGUACAUCGACGCUUACGAACAAAAGAGAAAAGUCCAGUUUUCUUUCUUAGAAGGUGGUUCCGGUAGUAUCAUUGUGCCUAUCAAGGGUACGAAGAAGUCUGCUUUUGGUGUUACGGCACAUGAGUGGUAG